ACAAACAAACAAUAAUUGCGAAAUAUUCCACCACAUCAGCGGUCAAUAUGUUCGAGGAUAUUUAUUAUUGGACUAAAAAUGGCCGCCCGGACGUAGAAUCUAACCACAUCAGAAAUCAAUAUGGGAGCUACAUGUUGAGACAUUUGAACAAAAACCAAGUCCUCAUAAAAACUUAUCAUGUAGAUCUAAAUGAUGACAUUUGGACAGAAAAUUUCCACGAGAAAAUGGACAGAACUAUUUUCCAACAAGAUCUAGUCCCAUACGUCAACUAUUCUUUAAAUAAGAAAAGACGAUGGGAAAUUAACGGAGAUCGGGAAACCCUUUCUGAAAUUCAAAAUCAUAAUUCUUACCGCGAUCUGGAUAUGGAUGUUCUCGUGAUAAAUCGAGUUUGGUUGAGAAUUUCCCCUUAUUUAACUUUCCUUGCCGCCCAAGACUAUUAUCACUAUUUCUUCUUGAAAUUCCCGAUUCGGCAGCUUUAUCAACUCAAUGCGGAUCAAUCAUCUACGUGUAUAAUCAACAAUUCAACAUUCGGGCAAUCCUACAAGAGUCUUCUACCUCAAAAUCGAUCUCCAAAGAUAUCUGAAAAUCUCAAAAAAGAAGGAUAUUCAAUUCCAAAAAUUGCCUAUCAUAUUAUUACUCCUCCAAGAAAUUACGAAUUUUUGUUGGACAAAAGAUAUCGUCCUGGAAAAGGCUGCAGAUUCAUUGAUAAUCAUCGAACAUUGGCUCAUCGCCGUAGAGUCAACAAUUGGAAGGAUGUUCUUUUGUUAGUUCGCUAUGAAAAUUUCGAAGACGAUGGUGAGAGAGUUGAUGCUGACGAUGAACUCUCUGGUAUCAGCAGUUAUGAAGCAGCUCCUUCAAAAUUUUAUAUGUUGGAAGAUCAUGUUAUCAGAACUAAUAAGAAAAUCAAUUACAAAAACGAUGUCUCAACUGAUUCUUCCAGCUGGAGUAUUGUCGAAUAAAAAUCAUGAUUUCGCUUUUUUUCAUUGAUUUCCUUUAUUGCACAAAAUACAAAUUUGAUAGUCGUUUU